GGGGCCGCGGCGCUGCCCUCGCGGGGUGGUGAGUGUUGCGCGGGGGGGAGAAUGAACCGCUCGCGUCCCUCCGCCUCCUCCGGCCGCUGCUGACGACUCCUCGGCCCAGCCUGCUGCGGGCCCAGCGCCGCGCCACCGGCCAUGGUGCCCAACGAGGAGAACCAGCUCGUCCCCAAAGAGGAUAUGUUUUGGAGUUGCAGACACAGUCUCUUUGAUGAAAUGAAGAAGAAAUUUUCACAGAUAGAAAGUGCUGCUGAUGAACCCAGAGUGCUGUGUAUAAUACAAGAUACUACCAAUUCUAAGACUGUGAAUGAACGUAUCACUUUAAACCUGCCAGCUUCCACCCCAUUAAGAAGGCUGUUUGAGGAUGUGGCCUCCAAAGUGGGCUAUGUUAAUGGAACUUUUGAUUUAGUUUGGGGAAAUGGAAUCAAUGUCGCAGAUAUGACUCCUUUGGAUCAAACCAGCGAUAAAUCUAUUCUUGAUGCUGGUUUUGAGGUAGGGAAGAAAAAUUUUCUACAUUUGACAGAUAAAGAUGGUGAACAGCCUCAUAUAAUGUCGGAGGAAUCAGGUACAACAGAUGAUGGUAAUCAAGAGAGGUUUAUAGGCCCUCUACCAAGAGAAGGCUCUGUUGGUUGUACCAAUGAUUACGUCUGUCAAAACUACUCAUACUCUUCUAUCCUGAGUAAAUCAGAGACAGGCUAUGUGGGAUUAGUAAAUCAAGCUAUGACUUGCUAUUUGAACAGCCUAUUGCAAACACUUUUCAUGACUCCUGAAUUUAGAAAUGCAUUAUACAAAUGGGAAUUUGAAGAAUCCGAAGAAGAUGCAGUGAUGAGCAUCCCUUACCAGCUUCAAAGGCUGUUUGUUUUAUUGCAGACCAGCAAAAAGAGAGCAAUUGAAACAACAGAUGUUACACGGAGCUUUGGAUGGGAUAGUAGUGAGGCAUGGCAGCAGCAUGAUGUACAGGAGCUUUGUAGAGUCAUGUUUGAUGCUUUGGAACAGAAGUGGAAGCAAACAGAGCAGGCUGAUCUCAUAAAUCAACUGUAUCAAGGCAAACUGAAGGACUAUGUAAGAUGUCUAGAAUGUGGCUAUGAGGGCUGGAGAAUUGACACUUACCUGGAUAUUCCAUUGGUCAUCAGACCUUAUGGCUCCAACCAGGCAUUUGCUAGCGUGGAAGAAGCGUUGCAUGCAUUUAUUCAGCCUGAGAUCCUUGAUGGCCCUAAUCAGUAUUUCUGUGAACGCUGCAAGAAGAAAUGUGAUGCAAGGAAGGGCCUGCGGUUUUUGCAUUUUCCAUAUCUGCUGACUUUACAAUUGAAGAGGUUUGACUUUGAUUACACCACUAUGCACAGGAUUAAACUUAAUGAUCGCAUGACUUUUCCUGAAGAGCUAGACAUGAGCACGUUCAUUGAUGUUGAAGAUGAGAAGUCUCCCCAAACUGAGAGUUGCACUGAUAGUGGAGCAGAGAAUGAAGGCAGCUGUCACAGUGAUCAGAUGAGCAAUGAUUUUUCUAAUGAUGAUGGUGUUGAUGAAGGAAUCUGCCUUGAAAGCAAUAGUGGUGCUGAAAGGAUUUCAAAAGUUGGCAUUGAAAAGAAUUCUUUACUGUAUGAACUCUUUUCUGUAAUGGUCCAUUCAGGAAGUGCUGCUGGUGGCCAUUACUAUGCCUGCAUAAAAUCUUUUAAUGAUGAGCAGUGGUAUAGCUUCAAUGAUCAACACGUCAGCAAGAUUACCCAAGAAGAUAUUAAGAAAACAUAUGGUGGGUCCUCUGGAAGCAGAGGCUAUUAUUCCAGUGCUUUUGCUAGCUCCACAAAUGCAUAUAUGCUUAUAUACAGACUGAAGGAUCCAACAAGAAAUGCAAAAUUUCUUGAAGUGAAUGAAUAUCCAGAGCAUAUUAAACAAUUGGUACAGAAAGAAAAAGAGUUAGAAGAGCAAGAAAAGAAGCAACGUGAAAUUGAGCGCAAUACUUGCAAGAUAAAAUUGUUCUGCAUGCAUCCUGUGAAACAAAUAAUGAUGGAGAAUAAAUUAGAAGUUCAUAAGGACAAGACACUGAAGGAAGCUGUAAAAAUAGCUUACAAGAUAAUGGAUAUAGAAGAAGCAGUUCCUCUGGACUGCUGUCGUCUUGUUAAAUAUGAUGAGUUCCAUGAUUACUUGGAACGAUCAUUUGAAGAGGAGGAGGAGGAUAUACCAAUGGGACUCUUACUUGGAGGAGUCAAAUCAACAUACAUGUUUGACUUACUUUUGGAAACAAGAACACCUGACCAGGUUUUCCAGUGUUAUAAACCUGGAGAAGUUAUGGUGAAGGUUCAUGUAGUAGACCUAAAGACUGAAUCUGUUGCUCCUUCUAUCAGUGUGCGAGCAUAUUUGAAUCAGACAGUUACAGAAUUCAAGCAACUCAUUUCAAAGGCUGUACGUCUGCCUGCUGAAACAAUGCGGGUAGUACUGGAACGUUGCUACAAUGACUUGCGUCUUCUCAAUGUGGGCAACAAAACACUGAAAGCUGAAGGCUUUUUUAGAAGUAAUAAGGUAUUCAUUGAAAGUUCGGAGUCUUUGGAUCGCCAGAUGGCAUAUACAGACUCCCAUUUGUGGAAACUUUUGGAUCGUCAUGCAAACACAAUCAGGCUAUAUGUUUCAUUGCCGGAACAAUCUCCUGGGUCUCAAUUUAAAAGGACAGUCAGUCAAAAAGCGAGUGGAGAUUCAGGCAAUUUGGAUGAAGCCUGUGCAACAGUGAAAGGACCUCUGGGUAAUAUGAGAUCUGUAGAGGCUAUCUUGGAAGAAAGCACUGAAAAACUCAAAAGCUUGUCGCUCCAGCAAGAGCAGGAAGGAGAUAAUGGAGACAGUAGCAAGAGCACAGAAGCAAGUGACUUUGAAAGCAUCGAAUCACCUUUGAAUGAGGUAGACUCUUUAGCAUCAACAGAAAACAGAGAACUUGAAAACCAAAUUCAAAUUUCUGAUCCAGAAAAUUUCCAGUCAGAGGAGCGGUCAGAUUCUGAUGUGAAUAAUGACAGAAGCACAAGUUCAGUGGACAGUGAUAUUCUUAGUUCCAGUCACAGCAGUGACACUUUGUGCAACGUGGACAAUGCCCCGGUCCCCUUGGCUAAUGGACUUGACUCUCAUAGCAUCACAAGUAGUAGGAGAUCUAAAGCAAAUGAAGGGAAAAAAGAAACGUGGGACACAGCAGAAGAAGAUUCUGGAACUGACAGUGAAUAUGACGAAAGUGGCAAGAGUAUAGGAGAAGCACAAUACAUGUACUUCAAAGCAGAGCCCUAUGCUGCAGAUGAAGGUUCAGGAGAAGGACAGAAAUGGUUGCUGGUGCAUGUUGAUAAAAGAAUUACACUGUCUGCCUUCAAGCAACACUUGGAGCCCUUUGUUGGAGUUCUCUCCUCUCACUUCAAGGUCUUUCGAGUCUAUGCCAGCAAUCAAGAGUUUGAGAGUGUUCGGCUGAAUGAGACACUUUCAUCAUUUUCUGAUGACAAUAAGAUAACUAUUAGACUUGGAAGAGCACUUAAGAAGGGGGAAUACAGAGUCAAAGUGUACCAGCUCUUGAUAAAUGAGCCAGAACCAUGCAAGUUUCUUUUAGAUGCUGUUUUUGCUAAAGGAAUGACUGUGCGUCAGUCAAAAGAGGAGCUACUUCCUCAACUCAGGGAGCAAUGUGGCUUAGAUCUGACUAUUGACAGGUUUCGCCUACGAAAGAAAACCUGGAAGAAUCCAGGCACUGUAUUUCUGGAUUAUCAUGUCUAUGAGGAAGAUAUUAAUAUUUCAAGCAACUGGGAGGUCUUCUUAGAAGUACUUGACGGGGCAGAAAAGAUGAAAUCCAUGUCACAACUUGCUGUUCUAUCAAGACGAUGGAGGCCAUCAGAGAUGAAGCUUGAUUCCUUCCAGGAAGUAGUUCUGGAAAGCAGCAGUGUUGAUGAAUUAAAAGAGAAGUUUAGUGAAAUAAGUGGAAUACCCUUGGAAUAUAUAGAAUUUGCUAAGGGGAGAGGCACAUUUCCCUGUGAUAUUUCAGUACUAGAGAUCCACCAGGACUUGGACUGGAAUCCUAAAGUGUCUACAUUGAAUGUCUGGCCUCUCUACAUUUGUGAUGAUGGCGCAGUAAUAUUUUAUAGGGAUAAAACUGAAGAAUUAAUUGAAUUGACAGAUGAACAGAGAAAUGAACUAAUGAAAAAAGAAAGCAGCAGACUCCAGAAAACUGGACACCGCGUAACCUACUCCCCUCGUAAAGAAAAAGCACUAAAAAUUUAUCUGGAUGGCGCCCCAAAUAAAGAGUCGACUCAAGACUGACAUUUACAAUAGCAUUUCCCUUGGGGAAUUUUUUUGUUUUAA